AUGUCCUCCUCAGAGGAUGAAGAUGUUCGGCGACCUGGUCGCAAUAUGGACGGAGACCGUGGCAGACUAAACAGUGAUGACGCCAAUUCGAACUUGUCCGGCUCUGAGGCCGACCAGGCGAACGACGCGGAUGACAAGGAUCUCUUUGGCUCUGAUUCUGAAGGUGGUUUGGAAGAACCGCCGCACCGCUCUCUUAAUGACCCCGAACUCGACUCUGGUGAUGAUGAAGGCCGUUACGACCGAAUGGACGACCGUAUGGACUUGGCUGAGGAUGGUGGCUACGAGGAGACACUCAAAGUCAUGGACCUAAGCCUCGGUAGAGCGCCAGAACCACAGACUACGGACCAGGAGGUCUAUACGAUGGAAAUACCGAACUUCCUAGCUCUCGAGACAGAAGAAUUUAGACCCGAUACUUAUGUUGCUCCCCCCUACUCUACAGCCUCGACUUCUUUGUGUUGGAGAUACGACCCUAAGGAUGAGUCUCAACUCCAAUCUAACGCCCGUAUUGUCCAGUGGGAAGAUGGCUCUCUUACAUUGCAACUAGCAUCAAACCCCAAAGAACAAUAUAGAAUCGCCUCCAAACCUUUAGCGCCUCGGAAUCAGGCAGGCAAUUACGACCCCUCCCUUGAUUCACACACCUACCUAGCAGCUGCCGCCGAGACCGCAUCGGUAUUCAAAAUCACAUCGUAUCUAACACAUCAGCUAAAGCCCCUACCAACGAAUGCGGCUACCGAUGAUGCUAUCCAACGUCUCCAAGAAGGCCUAGCUGCUGCUGGCCGAACUGGUAAAGCGAAUAUACAGAGCUCAGGAAUUGCCAUUAUUGAUAUUAAGGAAGAUCCUGAGCUGGCAGGAAAGAGGGCUGAGGCAGCUGAGAGAUUGAAGCUGAGAGAGGACCGUAAACGACAACAAUACGCCGAUCGGGAACAGAAUAGGACUGCACGCCGUCCUACUUAUCGAUCUGCUCGUGGAGGCCUGACAGCUGCAGGUUUGGAGGAUGACGACGGUAUGCUCGCAACACGGCCUGCAAAGAAGCGCCCUCGUGCAAAUCGUCGCGGAGAAAUCUACUCUGAUGACGAAGAAGAUACCGGCCGCCGUCGACAAGAUUCUUACGAAGUAGAUGAUUUUGUUGCAGACGAUGACGAAGAGCUAGAGGAGGUAGACGAUGCGUCUGGUUCACUACCAGACGACGAGAUGGAUGCUGAAGGCGAGAGCGAUGACCAAGAUGUCCCGUCGCCUCCAAGAAAAGGCACAGAAGUUGGUGCCGGCUCGCCGCCUACUAGAAAGAAAAAUCGCUACCGUGUCGAGGAUGAUGACGAUGAAGAAUAA